CCGCGUUGGGGGCGGAUGCAACUGUCAUGUUAGGUCAGAUUUGCGGGCCCGCGCCAGUCGUGUCCUCAGCUCCGCAGUGAGUGGUGACCCGUGGAGUGCUGUCAGCUGUGCGUGGACGGAGAACCGCGGCUUGGGCAAGUGGACGAUUCUGUACAGGUGAGGUUGUUGCUGCCUACUGAUGGUAACAGUGGGAGCGCUGGGUACGGUUGUUCGUCCUGCUCCUGCCUACUGAUGGGAACAGUAGGCGGUAGGAUAACGGGGCAGUAAAUAUAGUCCACUGUGUAAGUAUUCCUGUAUUUGGGGUCCGUGGAGGAGGGGAACGGUAGCAGUGAACCCUGGGCUCGGUAACACUGGUGUCAGAAGUUUUUUUUUCCUGUUUCUCCCUGAUACCGCCGGUGGUGUUCCUACCUAUUGAUUCCAGCUAUCGAUGUGCUCAAACUUGGCAUGAUGACUGACGACAAACGCGUGACACGAAGCCAAACGGCGGAGAUGGAGACAAAGACGACUGGAACUCGGGAAGAAGCCAGUACACUUCAACAAGUAUCCGAGGUGGUGAAACAGCAGCUCAGCGAGCAUGCAUUACAACUGCACGAAUCCUACGGCAAGAGAAUGGACAACAUCGAAUCCAUCCUUAGGGACUUGGGGGAGUUGGUCGCGUCAUCUCGCCAGGACAGGAAUCCUGUUGUCGCUGUUGAUACAGCAACAACUCGGGUUCUUCAAGAUGGGGGCGAGAAUCAUCAACCAGCUCCUAAAGGUGACGCUGUAGGGCGUAAACCCCAGGACUUCGAUGGAUCGGCUUCAUUGGCCGCCUACCGAGCGCAGUUCGAGCUCAUUGCGGCUAGCAACGGGUGGUCCACACACAGGAAAGCGGUUGAAUUAGCCGCGAGUCUCAAAGGUCCGGCACUGGAAGUGCUGGCAUGUGUGCCUCCAAAUCACCUGGAAAAUUAUGAAGCAUUAACAAAUGUCUUAGAGCAGCGCUUCGGAUCUGCACAUCAGGAGCACCUCAAUCGCGCCAGGCUAAGGAACCGAACCCGUGGUGGCAACGAGGGCCUGCAAGAGUUGGCAUUGGACGUGGAUCGACUUGCUCACUUGGCUUAUCCCGGAGCUCCGCCGGACUUCAGGGCGACAGUCGCCUGUGAUCAGUUUAUUGACGCCCUGGAAGACACGGACAUGCAAAUGACCGUAAGACAGGCGAAACCAAGCAGCCUGCGCGACGCACUAGCUGCUGCCCUAGAAUACGAGUCUCUAAGACGUUCCCUCAAAUCAUCACAUAGCCGCCAGAGCAGUGGUUUCGGCAACCGCCAAGCCAGUGUGGAAACACAGAGUCCAUCGAAUUUGGAAACGAAGCUCGAUGCUAUUCUCUCUCGGAUCCAGCAGCUUGAAGCUGCGAACCGCAAGCCGGCAGGACGUCUGGACAACAGGAGACAAGUGGGACUGGGGCCAUGCUGGAACUGCAACAAAAUGGGUCAUAUCAGACGAGACUGCAGACAACCCAGUAGGAUGUCAACCUCUGGGUCUUCAAGUGGUCAGGGAAACGAAUGAGGGUCGACCUCGAGGGGCAGCGGUCGGCCGGCGCUGAAGAGUCCCACGAUUGUGUCCGGAGACCAGAACCCCCUGACUGUGUGCGGGUGGAUGGCUGGGUUGGCGGCCGGCGGAUGUCGAUACUUGUCGACACAGGGUCGAAUCGCACACUGGUCCGUAGCGACGUCAUACCCGGUGUGGACCCUCCAUCAGUGCCGGGGGGACUCUGUGACGUAACGGGACGCCGCACUGGAUUGAGAGGGCCCGUGGAAGUUGAAGUGGCCCUCGGUAAACAAACAUCACGCCAUGCAGUAUUCGUGGCGGAAGAGCUGGAAGAACGCUGCAUCCUUGGCCUAGAUUAUCUGUCGGCCCACAACUGCCAACUGGAUUUGAAAAAAAUGACACUUCAGGUGGACAACUCAACGAUUCCACUGACGGAAACACAGCAAGACACUCCCAAAACGUACCGUGUAGUAGUUCGUAGACAAGUACGCAUCCCGCCCAGAACAGAACAGUUGGUGGAGUGUAAGUCGUUGGACACAAUCGAUGGCCACCAAGUGCUAGUUGAGGGUGCAAGUGGUUUGGCCGACGGAAUCAUGGUAGGAAGGUCUCUGGUAAGGAACA